AUGCAGCCACGUAACUGCAAACUGGCCCCCAGUGGCAUCAGCCUAGUAACAAGUCAAUCUCUUCCCGAUGAUUUUUCUCCCACCCGUCCUUCUCAAUUUGUCCGAUUCAUCGGCGGUAAGCGACCACAUCUCCUCUCCACACGACUCAGAGAGGACGCCAUAGUGUUCAGAGUAGGUCGUGUCAUCGGUGUCCAGCUCCCGCUUUCGGCAAAUGGCCACAAAGUCAACUUCGACCUUGUCGGCGUCCUCAUCGUCAAAGAUGGGGAAGGCCUCGUGGUCGGAUUCUUGCUGGCGUUUGGGGUGGACUGGACGGCCGGCAUCCCUUGGUGCCCAGUGGCAAGGGAGCCCAAUAUUCCUUCCCAGGGAGGUCUGGAUGUGUGA